UGCCCGGCGAUGGUGCCCCGGGGCCCCGAUCCCCGCGCGCCGCUGCCGGCCGCCCUGCAGCUGGGGCUGAGCCUGCUGCACGCGCUGCUCUACGCCGGCCUCUUCCUCUUCGCCUACCUGCAGCUCUGGCUGCUGUUCUGCUACCGGGAGAAGCGGCUGAGCUACCGCAGCGUCUGCCUCUUCCUGUGCCUGCUGUGGGCAGCGCUGCGCACCGUCCUCUUCUGCUGCUACCUGCAGGGCGCCCUGCAAGCCGGGGCCCCGCUCCGCCCGCCCCCGGCGCCGCCGCUGCCGCCGCUCCCGCACUGGCUGCUCUUCGGCUUGCCCGUCUGCCUCCUCUUCGCCACCCUCUGCCUCCUCAACCUCUACUUCGCCGAGGUUAUCUUCAAGGUCAAGUGUGCAGCUGAAUUCAACAAGUACAAGGCCCUCCUGUACAUGGGCUCCAUAUUCACCAGUCUUCUCUUCAUCUUUGUGAACUUGACGUGCGCGUUGGUAGCCCAUGCUGAUGUGCCUGAGGAUCAGCUGCGGUGGACGAUUUUCACCCGGGCGCUGAUUAAUGACAGCCUCUUCAUUCUCAGCGCCGUCUUGCUAGGAUGUUGUAUGUGCAAGCUGUCCAAAAUGUCUUCGGCAAAUGUUUACCUUGAGUCCAAGGGCACGUCUGUCUGCCAAGCUCUGCUUGUGGGUUCUGUCAUCAUCCUAUUGUACUCUUCAAGGGCCUUCUACAACCUGGUGGCCGUGGCCAUCUCUCCAGACCGUGUGCCCAGUCCGUUCAACUAUGGCUGGGAUAACCUUUCGGAUAAGGAUCGAGGGGAGGAAGUCAGCAGUGAAGAGUACGUGGUCUUCGGAGUAGUGCUUUUCCUCUGGGAGUUCGUUCCAACCAUGUUUGUGGUCCUGUUCUUCCGGGCGCAGCGGCUUCCACAGAACUUGGCACCUGCAGGGAUGAUCAACAGCCACAGUUACAGCUCCCGGGCCUACUUCUUCGACAAUCCCAGACGAUACGACAGUGAUGAUGACCUCCCAAGGCUCGGUGGAGGAAGCGUGGCUACUCCCCAAAGCACUGGGUGGUAUGGGUCUCUGACGGGGAGCGAAAGUUGCAGCGUGAUUCCUCCCCUGGUUGUGCCGCCAAUGGAUGUUGCCCCGCUGCUCUUCACUCACGGAAGCUUGGAGUCGGGAAACCACCACCCCGGACAUCUGACGCCCCACAACUGAUCGUGGAGCAGCUUUUGGUGAGGGGCUGAAAGUGGUCCGGAGGACGUGACUCCCCGCUGGCUGCUCCCACUGGACCCACAGUGACUCCCCUUGACUGGAUCGGAACGGCAUUGGAACCAUAGAGGCUCUGCGCCUUGGACCGCUGGACCGGCUGUUGCCGUGACGGAAGCUGCAAUGACGGAGGCUGAUGAGGUCAAAGCAGCUUCUGGGAGCUCCAUUAUGUGGCCGGCUGGUUGGCCCUUCCAAGGGAUGCCGGCGUGGCUGCUAGAAAGGCGCACGAGCUUCAGCGAAGGACCUUGACUGCUGGACGGACGGAUCUUUGCACUUUUAACUGAGCGUUUCCAGAGAACAGUUCUCCUUCCUCCCUGUCGUUUUCUUCUCCAACAGCAUGAGAAUAACUGUCCUGGAUAGCGCUUUUAAUUGCACAUCCACAGCUGGGAAAGUCAUUUAGUCUUCCUGCGAUGACUGGAGCAUCUCUACAUAUUUAAUGGUGGAAACUUUUUUUGGGGGGGGGGGUGGAUGGGACUGGGACAGAGUGGUGAUGGGGAGAAUCUCUUCUUUUUCUUUCUUUGGAGCUGGGAUGGACUGUGACCCUCCAGAUGCUGUUGGACUACAAGUCCCAUCAGCCCUCACCAUUGGCUAUGCUGGCUAGGUCUGAUGGGAGUUGCAGUCCACCAACACCUGGAAGGCCACACGCCCCCCUACCCCUGUUUUUGAGUUGAUACUUUUGAAUGGAGGACCUUAUCAAAGAAUGUUAACAGGUGUGGGACAAUUGUCAUAGUCUCACAAGGGUAACUUAACUUGCAGUUUAUGUUUUACAACCUCUCUCUCUCUCUUCUGGGACUAUUGAAACAAAACCCCAACAUUGCAUGUGUUACGACUGACUACGUACAUUGGCCAUUUCGGAUAUCAAGGUUUCUUUUUUCCUUUCCUUUUUAAAGAAACAAACCUGGUUCACACUAGGGGAAGUAGAGCUGGCCAUCCGUAGAGUUUUCCCAGUGGGAUGGAUCCAUGAGGGCUAGUUGCAUGCUUGCCUUGGAUUACCCUGUAGUCAGCUUUGUUGCUUUUCCUGGCUAGCCGCUUGCUUGCUUCCUUCUAGGACGGCUAGAAGCGUAUCGUGCCUGGUUUGCCUAACAAACCUUCAAAAAGCAUCCGUCUCUACAACGGAGAAAACCCAAGGCUGGAAUGGAAGGGAAAGCAGAGUGAAGGGAACUUUUCAAUGCCCUCUCUUAAGAUGGGGGCAUGGCUGCAGGACCAGUGACUGGGCAGGAUGGGAAUAAUUGUAGCCAUGGGGAUGUCCUUCCUGGAAGCCUUUCACUUCAGAGGAAGAGCGUCUCCAGUUCAGACAGAAGAUCUGUCAGGGAAACCUACUUGUAAUAUGGGGCUGCAACGCCUACCUUUUCCAACUGCUUGCAGUCCAACACAGCUGGCAGGCACCAGGUUGUGGGACGCUGGUCUAGACAGAAUGUGAAAAGUUCUGACGUUUUCUCCAUUUUUUAUCUGGAAUGGGAACCCACAUUCUACCUGAGUAAGCGGACCGUAACGUCUCUGGAAUGGCUUGUAUUACAGCUGUCUCUCCUUGAGGUUUCUGUCUUUCCCCUUAUGCGUAAUAGCUGGCCCCUGGUUACAAGUUGAGGGGGGAUGGGGGGGUAUCCGAAAGCCUUGAAUCGAAGGGGGAAAUUUCACUAAAAGUAGUUGUGUGGGUCUUUAACUGGAGAAGCUGGGCAGCGAUUCUGGCAAUGGUACAAGCAUUGAAGGGAAAGGUGUUGAACCAGGCUUGUUUUCCGCACGGAACCAACCUUUCGUCGAGUCUAGCUGUGUGGGUCCAAAACAUUCUUCUGCUCCCUCGUGUCAUAAUUCUAGAUGGCCGUGUCAAAUGGGACUCCGUGGUGCCAAAGUGGAACUCUUCCGCACGCGGUUCCAGCUGUGUUUAAAAAAAAAGUUCUUAAAUGCCAUUUUCGUGUGACGGAUAGCUGUUUCUCGGGCAACUGGAAAACCACCUCCAAAUUAACGGAUGGGGCUGUGGACGACCCGGAUCUUGGCUUCAGCAGGAGUGUUGGUUUUAAAAUGUGAAUUGAAAUUGUUUGUCGUGGGGUGUGUGGGAGAGGGGGGCUGGAUGUUUUUAAAAGACGGGCUGAACAAGUUUGUUCUGUUGUGAUGUCUCCCCCCUCCCCGCUCUCCCCCUUUAUAACUUGUGCUGCAUCUCAGCUUCUUAGGCUAAGAAGAGCUGAUGGGUGGGAUUGAAACCUUCAGGGUUCUGAGCCCUUGAGUGGCUGUUUGUUUCUUACCCAGGUGAUGCUCAUCCCUCAAUGGAGGAGGCUGCUGGGCGAACCCCUCCCUCCUCCAUCUUCCUGUCGCUGUGCACACAAACUCAGACGCUGCGCAAACCACCAUCACCCUAAAUGUUUGGUGUGAGUUGUUGCUUUGUAGAAUCCUGGGGCCUUCCUGACAUGGUUACCGUGACGGCUUUCUUCUCCUCUGUGGAUCUUUGGUCCACAGGUGGCCUUGAGAGGUGUGGAAAUUUGCACGAUCGUCCGGACCCGGAACGAAAGGGAUUCUCAUUGCUGUUUCCUGCAGCGAAUUCUCGUGUUUCUAAUGGGCAAAACGCCCAGUGGGCCCACAGUGCUUCAUCUGGGAGGGUGGGUAACAUUUCCCAUUUAGGAAGCUCAGCCUUCUCCCAACCAGGUGCUCCCCUUCUGGUUGGGGUAUGCCGGGCGCUCCGGUCCCGACACAUCUGGAGGGCACCAGGUUGGGGCAGGCUGGUGACGCUGCUUCAUUCAUUUCUUAACCCUCGAUCUGUCUUGCAUCGUCAGGACUCUAGUAAGCUUGUUUUCCGGACCCGUCUAAUUGCAAGGCACUUUCAGUGCCCAGUGAGAAUACUUCGCUGGACCAGUGAGUCUGCCUCCUCAAACCCGCUGCAUCAGAGAGGAACAAACGGCUGGUAUUUAAAGGUGUCGCGUUGCACCAAAUUUCAGCCGCUCACUGUAGGAUGGCCCUUGAGUGCAAGCGGACAGCGUUCAACCAUUGUUUUUUUGGAGACACUCCAGAUUGGUCAGUAUUGAUGCAUGGAGUUCAAUAGUUCAUCAAAUUUCAAGCGCCACUUGAACGUAAUCUUGGGGUGUCUUAGGAUGUGGGAUUGCUCCCCAUAACUGUAAUGGAUGAACCAGAAACCCUGUGUGUGUGUGUGUGUGUGUGUGUGUUCACUCCUUCGCUUGUGAGGAGAGCUAGCCGGGGGCCUAAACUCUACGCUUGCCCUUGGCCCUUAAGGCACCAAAGACCGGUUGAGUGACUGCCCCGUCCCUCCGUCCCCGGUUUUCACUUGAGUUUUACAAUGCACUCGGAGCACUUUACGUUUGUUUUCUCGGAAGGGAGAGGGUUUUCCAUAAAGGGCUACAGGCUCCUUGUCCGACCUUUGCACUGACCUGCAUUGACUAAAGAUGAUCUCUCCACCACCACCCCUCUGAAAGAGCCGCCAUCAAUUGGGGCUGUAAAUUGAGUGGCUUAAAGUAUGUGAGCAAGCACAUGACGAGUGGCAAAAGGUGUGUCUUCUUUUAUUCUCCUGGACGGCGGUUUCAGUUCUGGAAUCCUGAGUGUACGAAAGACGACCCAGUCCUGGGUUUCACUGAAAACCAUUUAUAUCAGCAUUACUUUUUAUAUUGAGAAACUGCCUUUGUCCAGGGUGGUGUGUGUGUGGGGAGAGGGUUGUGUUGUGUUCUUUCUUCUUCUUUUUGCAGGGGUGUGUGUGUUAGUUGACACGAUUUGCUAGUUUUUCAUCCAGCAAAAAAGACUGGCAGCAGAACGGGAGUUGCUACUGACCAAUGUACCAAGUCCAUUUCUUCACUCCAACUGUAAUAACUUAUGUUUUGAAAUUAAAAAAAAAGGCUUGUUUUCAUCUUGUGAGACUGGA